UCGAGGCUCUCAAUUCGAACGGCAACUCUCGAGGACGGAGGCUGCGAUAAAAAAAUUAUUAUUUUGUUUCCUCAUUUUAAGCGCUAAAUGUGUUUUUUGCUCGAGUGGAAUCAUAUAAACGGAUUGUGUUGGUGAUUUAAAUAUUUAUUCCGGUAGGUUUCAUUUGGUGCUGUUUUCGAAUACAAUGCCAGACUGCAGUUAGUGAAAAGUGCGUUGACAAACGUUAACGGCUAGCUCGCACAUUAGCUUCCUCGUUUGUUUUGCUCCGAUAUACCGUUUUGCUACUGCGUUAAACUUUUGAACUGCACACUGAACUUCGCCGUAAUAACCGAUCCCGAGUCAUGGUGAGAGAACGGACCCAGAAGAAGUCCUUCCAGCAAAGUCUGGAGGACAUCAAGGAGAAAAUGAAGGAGAAGAGGAACAAACGUCUGGCUAGUGCAUCAGCCCCCAGCGGGGGCCGGUCAAGGAUGAUGAACAAAACAAGUGGAAGUACCUCCACGCACACCAUCCUGAUGGGUGUGCAGGUGAACAACAAGGCGCUGGCUGUGGCCUUGCAGGCUGAAAAGGAGAAAGUGAGGCAGGCUAAUGCAGUGAUCCUGCAGCUGAAAAGAGAGCAGCAGGCACUCUUCCUUCACCUGCUUCUGCUCAAGAGAAAGCUGAAAGAACAGGAGGCUCUGCAGGCGAAUGCUUCAGAGACUAAACCUUCUACUGAUGCCAAGCACAACAUGCAUUCAGUUAGAAGAAAGCGGACCAGCCAGAACCUGGACCACAUCAUCUGUGAAUCUUCACCAGUUUGUGCAGACCCUCAGCUCUCUAACAAGAAUGGGGAUCCUCAGUGUGAAAAACAGGUGACCUUGCCAUCUACAGUAGGAGUGCGGCGUCAGCGUACAGAUAAAAACAGGAGGAGGUCUGAACGUUUGCAAGAACAGAGGAUUCUGGGUGAGGAAGGUCCAGUUCCUGGCUUUGGGUCUUGGAUCCCAAGUCCUAUUCGCAGUGACAGUGAAAAUCUCAGUCAAAUGCAAAAAUUAGAAGAACAAGAGAUGGCAGAUCCAGGUUUCGCUGAGGAGUUACAGCACUCUACUCCUGAACCAGUGCCACCCAAAAAAAGCAGACAACAGGUCGCCAGGAAGCAGACACAGCAACAGCAGCUGUCCUCCAAACCAGAACCGGUUUCAAGAAAACCCGAGAGAGGGCGCAAACCAGAGCGUGCCCCAUUAAAGAAACCAUGGGAGAAUACCAAACCCAGAACCAGGUCAAAGAGUCGGGACCGAUCAGCCACACGGGCCAAAACGGCACCUCCAGCACAGGGCAAUAAACUCAACACUUCACUGGGAUUUAAUGACACAUUUGACUUUGACUGUGAAGAGACCGUCCACAUCACGCCAUUCAGGGCCAAGGCUGAGGAUAAUCAGCGAAUUACACCCUUGAGUGAGGAGGCUCAAGAAACAGGACAGGCCCAGGCUGAAACUUCACCUGUGAUUUCCAAGCACAGUGAAUCCAGCUCUUCAUCUCCAUCUUCUGAAUCAGAAGACAGCCUUUAUGUUCCUCACAAGACCAGACAGAGACCAGCUUCCCCUAACAAGACCAAGGGCAUCACCACUCGUAGAGGCCGGCUCUCCAGCGCAGUCAGAAAGACGGAAAACAUCCCUCCAAAACCAGAGAUCACUGUCUUCAGAGAUGAAGAGGCAAGUCCCAAGACUACAGGCUCUGAAGAGGCAGCAGGUCGCCUCGAUCAGUCACCUGAUUUUAGCUAUUCUAACAGCCCUGACCCUGUAAAGAUAGAACAUAAUUAUCAAGAGGCUCAUGGAGAAGGAAUGGAGAAUGAUUGUUUGCUUCCCGUCAGCCCUCUGAUUGAAGCUGAGAUGAUGAGAAUAGACAAUGUCCUGUCCAAUUUUGGAGAUUCCUCCGGUGAAGCUCCACCACUUUUACCCCACCAAACUCCAAAGAGGCUCAAAUCAUGCAAGAAACGUGGGCUUGGUGUAAGGCCAGCAGGGCGGGGCUUGAGUCUGUGUGAUGUGACCAAUCUGUCCCCUGCAGCCUAUCGUAAAUUUUCCUGUGGAGGCUCGUCUGAUUCUCGAUGCUCCACCCCCGUUCCUAUCCGCAAGCGGCGCUGCACCAUGGCAGUCAACUACAAGGAGCCCUCGUUGCACGCGAAACUUCGGCGGGGAGAUAAGUUCACAGAUGUGCAGUUCCUCCGCUCUCCAAUUUUCAAGCAGAAGCCUGGCAGGAGGUCUGUGCAGAAUCCAAGGAAUUCAAGGAGCGAGCAUCAGCCGUUUGAAAAGUACAAUGAGUCUUUUGUUGGGUGUCGCUGAAAGUUGUUGCCUGACUUUGAAGUGAUUUUUAAUUUAGUUUUUUUUUCUUGUAUUACUGUCAGUGAGAUUUCUUUGUGAUAAAGAACAACUGUGAUAAUUUUUAUAUAUUUCUUUAUGUUUAUGUCUCUUAAGCUUUCAUUUCUGUUAUUUGUCUUUAGGUGAAUGUAGUAUUAGCCUUCUCAGAUUUCCUAAUUUUGCCAUUUCCCAAUUUUAAAUUGUUUAUUAUGAAUUCUUUAAGAAGUUUGUUUGUAAUUCUGCUUAUGUUUCUUCUACUGUAUGAUAAUAAACACCAUAU